AUGGUCCUGGUAAGCCCUACAGUCUCUCCCCGUGCGUGCAUGGAGAUUCCUUGAUCUCUCCCCUGUCUCUUAUAAUCCUCAUCCACAGUUCUCUUUCUUGUCGUUGAUAUGUUCAUUGCGGUUUGUGUUGUGAGGUAACUUGCAUGAAAUAGAUUUCAUUUUUUAUGAUAAUAUGAUUUAGCUCGAGCCUUCCCUGAAAAUUUUUCCUGGAUCCGUAUCCGGUGUAACAGUUAAUUUAGAUUUCGUAGCAUUCAGUGUAUCUUCCUGCUUAAUCGUACUGUCCUUUUCUAUCGGCAUUACUACGGCAAGGUUGUUGUGUUGUUAUUCAUGUUGCAAAAUAUUACAUUUGCCGACCUUUGCAAUCGGUGGAAUCUUGUUCAUUCAUUUUGUAGGUGAAUGUAGUCAUUUACCCCAUGCUGAAAAAGUGUACUUCUUUCUAUUGGAAUUAAACGUUAUCACUUCCCAACCUCUAGUUUUUCUGAUUCUAAGUUACAAUAACUUUAUGUACGUCUUUCCAUGAUUGCAUGCUGUUCAGCUAAUUCCCAUGUGGGACUUGAAACUCUUCCUUGCUGUUACUGUUGUUUGCGAUAUGAAAAAGCUACACCAAUUUUGAACAUUUUUCUUUUAACAAUUAAUGUAUCUCCAUUUCAUUCUGUUCUUGGACUCUGUUUUAUCUUAGCAUACUUGUCCAGUGUUGACUCAUUGUGAAAAUAGCUAGCAACAAUGCAGACCUGGAUAUGUGAACGAUAGAUGCCCUCGAAAAGAGAAAUUUGUAUCUCUCCCAGCACAGGAAGCUUGUUUGUCUAGUUCUCCAGGAAGUUAUGAAUAUUUCUAAAGGGAGACCAGUUGAUAUUACUAUGUGUGGUUUCUUUGCUAGCACUGAUUUCUUUCUAGAAAAACAUAAGAGGUGUUUGUGGGGGCGUUUACGAAAUUCCUCUGAUCUUUUCUUGGACAUUGGUACGUCAAUCUCUAGGUAUUGCACGCAAAUGAGGGAAAUAAAAAUGGUUCCAAGGCACUCAUCGCUGCAGAAUAUACCGGAGUCGCUCUCGAGCAAAUCAAGAAUUUUCAGUUCGGUGUUUCCAAUAAGACCCCAGAAUUUCUUCAGAUGAAUCCAAUUGGAAAGGUUAAAUUAUAAACUUUUAGAUUUUAUUGCUUGAUUUACAUUGGUUAUAUUAAUUGUUUUUGGCCUACAGGUUCCUGUUUUGGAGACACCUGAUGGCCCCAUUUUCGAAAGCAAUGCUAUAGCUCGCUAUGGUAAGUCGGAUUCCAAUAUUAGAGAUAAUGGGUACCUAAGCUCUUGACUGCUAUAUUCACUCCCCUUCUCUUUUUUACAGUUGCCCGUCUGAAGGCUGACAACCCACUUUACGGAUCAUCACUAAUUGAAUAUGUGAGUUUUUUUUUCCACCUAAUAACCCCUACUUUAUAAACUCCCUAAGUUCUCUCGGCAUUCAUUACUGAUUUGUACAAAUGUUUGUUGAUUAUUCCUUAGGGUCUAAUCGAACAGUGGAUGGAUUUCUCUUCUACGGAGAUAGACGUAAAUAUUGGACGAUGGCUUUAUCCAAGAUUUGGAAUUCGUAAUUACCUUCCUCAGGUUAGUUCAUAAGUUCAUUCACAUCAUGUUUGUCAAAUAUUUUUUCUUUCCUAGUGUUCAUUGUUUGUAAUAUGAUAGGCUGAGGAAGAUGCAAUUGACGCUUUGAAGAGGGCAUUGGGGGCUUUGAACACACAUCUUUCAACAAACACUUACUUGGUGGGGCAUGCCGUGACCUUGGCAGACAUUAUAAUGGGCUGCAACUUGUUCAUAGGGUUUACGCGUAUCAUGACCAAAGCAUUCACCUCAGAAUUUCCUCAUGUGGAAAGGUACUUUUGGACCGUUGUCAAUCAACCAAAAUUCACCAAGGUACUUGGUGAAGUAAAGCAGGCUGAAGCUAUCCCAGCUGUAACGACCGCAAAGAAACCUGCACAACCAAAGGAAGCAGCAAAACCUAAGAAGGAAAGUAAGAAGGAAGCUAAGAAGGAAACUGCCAAGCCUAAGGAAGAACCUGCUGAGGAAGAAGAGGAAGCGCCCAAGCCAAAACCCAAAAAUCCUCUUGACCUGUUGCCCCCGAGCAAAAUGAUUCUAGACGAGUGGAAGAGACUGUACUCAAACACCAAAACAAACUUCCGUGAAGUCGCAAUUAAGGGUAUGUGCUCUGUUCAAUCAUGUCCCUUCGUAUGAAUUAAGCUAGUCAGAAUAAUGAUCAUAGGUUAGAUUGAAGAAGGAAUGAAGUGCUAAACUCUAUAAUUUAAUUAACUGGAGUGAUUAUGUUAAAAAAUAUAGAAAAUAGUAAGAAUUAUAUUUGCAUUGUUAAAAUAACAGAAGUGGAGACUUUGUCUCGUUUGGUUUAAGCUAAAUUACCCGUUGGUACUCCACCUACUUUGCAUAUUCGUUGGUUUUUUUUUUGCCAUAAUCUGAUUUUUGGCAGGAUUCGCUGCCCAACAAAAUCUAAAACAGCUUUUAUGUUCACUAUAUUUUUCCCUGCUUUCUUCUAGAGGUCUAGUUGGACUGUAAUCCCCAGCCCCUCCUUGAUUUUGUAAUUCCUUGUUAAAUCUUAGGUUUUCUAUCAUUAGUGGUAUGCCUGAUCCAACUAUGAGUCAGGCCCUUUUCGCACAGCAAUAAUUCAGAUCUUUUUUGGCAUACCUAUUACAAUGUUUCUUAAGGCAUCUGCUAGAUACCUGCAAAGUUGUCCAUUGUGAUAUAUUUUUCAAAGAUUAUUAGUAAAUGGCGUAUACCCAUAUAUACAUACACAUAUCUAUGUUUACUAUUUUCAGGUUUCUGGGACAUGUAUGACCCCGAGGGCUACUCCCUUUGGUUCUGCAACUACAAGUACAACGACGAGAACACCGUCUCCUUCGUGACUCUGAACAAGGUCGGGGGGUUCCUGCAGCGGAUGGACCUGGCGCGCAAGUACGCGUUCGGUAAGAUGCUGGUGAUCGGCUCGUCGCCGCCGUUCAAGGUGAAGGGGCUGUGGCUCUUCCGCGGCCAGGAGAUCCCGCAGUUCGUGAUCGACGAGUGCUACGACAUGGAGCUGUACGAGUGGACCAAGGUGGACAUCACCGACGAAGACCAGAAGGAGCGGGUCAACACCAUGAUCGAGGAUCAGGAGCCGUUCGAGGGUGAGGCCUUGUUGGACGCCAAAUGCUUCAAGUGA